AGAGAUCCUUAACAACAAUCGCCGGUUGUCUGUUGAGGCUUUUGUUUACUUCUAAUGCUCUUCCGACCGUUAAUAUGAUUCGAACCCACAUUUUUAAUCACCGGAACACUCGUUUUUAUAACGUUUCAUCGCCAUUUUAGCAGAAAUCUCUCUUUCUCUCACCAGUCAAGUAAGUGAAACGCCUCACCAGUCAAGCCAAGGGAGGAUCCACUUAUAAUAACUGUACUGUUGUGCUUUGGAUUGUGACAUGCAUCUUUAAAGGGGUUGUCAAGCUUAUAAUAACGUCCAGAACAACCCCAAUGGAACCCAGUAAUGAUGUGGUGCUUGAUAUCAUCGUUUCCAACGUUGUAUCGGUCUUUAGAACGAGGUGCCAUCUAAACCUGCGCACCAUCGGCCUAGAGGGAACUAAUGUCAUCUACAAACCUGAAAUGGGAAAAGUCCUGAUGAAGCUACGGAAACCACGCAUCACUGCCUCUAUAUGGUCGUCAGGAAAAAUUAUUUGCACUGGAGCAACAAGCGAGGAGGAGGCCAAACUGGGUGCCCGGCGGUUGGCCCGCUGUCUGCAGAAGAUUGGAUUCAAGGUGAGAUUCUCAGACUUUAAGGUAGUAAAUGUGCUGGCAGUUUGCUCCCUGCCUUUCCAGAUCCGUCUUAUUGAGUUCACCAAGAAUAACCGGCCCAUUGCCAGCUAUGAACCUGAGCUCCAUCCUGCUGCGACAUACAGAAUAAAAAACCUCAAGUCUACAGUGCAGGUGUUUUCCACAGGCAAUAUCACUGUUACAGGACCAAAUGUGCAGAGCGUGGCAUCUGCAGUGGAACAGAUUUAUCCUCUGUUGUUUGAGUGUCAGAAAACACUGUCGUAAAACACAUAUAUACACACACACACACUAAUAGGCACCGGUUUGAAAAAAUAAGCACCUUAUUGUAUGUUUUAAGGCUUGUAACUGUUGUACUGUAUGUCUCCUAGGCAGCUUUUGCCAUUUCAAGUCCAAGCGGGUCUGGGUCGAGUGUUUUCAGAGUCAUGCCUUUGAACAAUGGUGGUCGGACCCCACAGCGAAUAAUGACAACCUCUUAAAGCUCAAAAGAGGACCAUUAGAGCAUUGUGUUGCUGACAUUGUGUAGUUUAUAAACAUUCGUAUUAACUGUAAUACAAUGCAUGGACACCAAAUUAAAAACUGGCAAACAGUGACAUUUAAAGAUUGCAUUAUACUUUUUGGAAAUUUAUCUAUGUUGAUUCGUGACAUCUUUUAUGGCUCAUUUAAUGAUAUUAAAAGUAAGGAGUGAGAGGUUAAGGGUCAAACGCUUCACAGUUUAACAGCAAAUGAUGUAUAUAUCUAGUGUAUGCUGUUGGACAAGAACAAUCUGGGUUGUGAAGGAGUCUUUGGUUCAUAUGUUUAUGUAACAUGUGACUACUUUUGUAUUUUAUAAUAAACAAAAUAAAGUAAUCCCUAUAUUAAAUGAUAAUUUUCUAUAUUUAUUUUU